GUCUAUAGGGUCCAUUGGCUUCGGGCAAAGGCUUUGCGCGACCGAUGGUCGGAAGAACAAUUGCUCAUCGAAUAUGAAAUGUGUUGGACCUUACAGUUUUUCCUCCACAAGGCAGAUAUGUGGCUGUCACGUAUCACUCGCAACGACGAUCCACUGCCAGAAGGCCACAAAUGUUACGCAAUUCGGCAGGCCCACAUGUACCACCAAUUGGCCAAACAUGCACGUACAAGCUUUCUCAAAGCAAAUCCGAUGUUCAAGGUCAUUGUUUAA